GACACACCUAUCACACAUAAAAAAAUUGAAAAACUCUUUGGAACAAAAGAUUGUUAUAGUAGAAUCCAUGGCAGAGUUAGAGAGUCCAAUGAUGCCAAAGUUGAUAACUUUCCUAUCUUCUCUUCUUGAAAGAGUAGCUGAAUCGAAUGAUGAAACACAACAAGAACAACAACAAAAGAUAUCUGUGUUUCAUGGUUUAACAAGACCAAACAUCUCAAUACAAAGCUACCUUGAAAGAAUUUUCAAGUAUGCAAAUUGUAGUCCAUCAUGUUUCAUUGUUGCUUAUGUUUAUCUUGAUCGUUUCACUCAAACACAACCUUCUUUGCCUAUUAAUUCCUUCAAUGUUCAUCGCUUGUUGAUUACUAGUGUCAUGGUGGCUGCUAAAUUUAUGGAUGAUGUGUACUAUAAUAACGCUUACUAUGCAAAAGUUGGAGGAAUCACCAAAGCAGAAAUGAAUUUUCUUGAGUUGGAUUUCCUAUUUGGUUUAGGUUUCAAUUUAAAUGUAACACCAAUCACUUUCCAAGCCUAUAGUGUUCAUCUUCAAAGAGAAAUGUUUCACAUGCAACCUCUACAUUUUGCAGAUUCAACCAUAAAUUUAGCAAAAUCACUAAAGGCACAUUUAUGCUUCAAUGAAGAUGAAUCUUCUCAUCAAAAGCAAAAAAAGCUAGCUGUUUGAUUUUUGUGCAUUUUAUCAAUGCAUGUACAAUGGUUGACUAGUUGUAAAUUUAGUGAAUCUAUUAAAGAUUGCCAAUUAAAUUACUUUUCCUUAUGGAUUCCUUUCAGAUUCUU